AUGACAAAAGGAACACCAUCAUUUGGUAAAAGAGUUAAAAGAAAUCACCUGUUAUGUCCUAGAUGUGGAAGUAUGUCAUAUCAUAAACAAAAAAUGAAAUGUUCAUCAUGUGCAUUCCCAGAAGCUAAACGUAGAUCACCUGCUUCAUUAAAAGCUUCUAGAAGAAGACAAGGUAAAAAGACUUAUAUUAAGAAAGAAAUUAAGAAGAGUCACACUGGUUACUUACAACACCCAAUUUUGAUGAAGUUUCACGCUGAAAGAAGUUAUCAAUAA